AUGGCCAACAUACAAGAUAAUAAAGCAAAGGUGAUACCUUCCUCCACUGCCGCCUCAGCAUCUACCACACCUACUGAUCCCUCCGUCGCCGAUCCCCUCGCGGCUGUUGGAGCGGGUAUUCCUCCUCAACCCCGAACCAAUGGGGCCACCAGUCCACCCAUCCCACCUCUCACCCAGAGAUCUGGUGUUGCCGGAACAACCAAACGACGUCCACCUCAAAUGGGAGGUGAGAAGAUCUCCAGAAACAGACGAUUAUCACAUGAUGAAACCACCGCAUCUGCGCCUCGACGUUUCCUCAUUGAUGUAGAAGAGACCAUGAGGAUCGUGUUAGAGCAAGAAGAUACUGAUAGAAAUUCCAACGCUCACAAAACAUUCGAUAUUCGAGGAACAUAUAUGCUUUCGAACCUUUUGCAAGAACUUGCUCUAGCCAGAGAUUACGGUCGAAAGCGCAUUGUCCUUGAUGAAGCUCGUCUUGCUGAAAACCCAGUUGAUCGUCUUUCGAGAAUGAUCAAGAACUCUUUCUGGAAUGCUCUCACGAGAAGGAUUGAUGCGGAGGGAUUGGAGGUUGCUUGUGCCGAUCCUAAGAAUCGAAGUCAACAUACCAAAGCGAGAAUUUACAUACCAUAUGGUGAAGAUGAGAUAGCUGAACAUUACCGACAAAUUGCUCGUGAGAAACCCAACCUCAACCUGACGGUCGAUAUAUUACCUCAAAAGUGUGACGAUCCAGCUUUCGUCAAGAGUCUGAAUGAUAAACCGGGUAUUUUGGCUUUGGCGAUGGAUAGGAAGGUAGAUACGGACGGUAAAGUCAAGCUGGAAGCGCUUCCUUUCAUUGUCCCUGGAGCUAGGUUCAACGAGAAAUACGGCUGGGAUAGUUACCUCUGUCGAUCUCAACCACCUUUCCUUACCGAUCUUGCUUUACAAAUCUACAAUCAACUUGAUCGAUCACAAAAAGAAGAGAACAAAUCAUGGUUAAAACGAGUCAUCCAAGCUUCUAUAAAAGAAUACCACUCUUAUUGGAUGUCUGAGCCAUCCCUUGAUCCUGUCUCUGGUCUCUCUCGAUACAGACCUGUCGGUCUUGGUAUCCCACCUGAGACGGAAGCGACCCACUUCACUCAGAUCCUUCAACCCUACGCCCAGAAACUCAGAAUCUCAGUCAACGAGUAUAUCGAAGGUUACAACAACCUUACUAUCCACGAACCAGAAUUAGACGAGUACUUCUUGCAUGAUCGAGGUGUACGAGAGUCAGGUCAUGAUACCUCUUAUCGAUUGGACAAGAAAUGUGCGGAUCUCGGUACAGUCGACCUCAACUCGUUGCUUUACAAAUACGAAUUUGAUAUUGCCUCGGCUAUCGAGGUUGCUUUCGAUGGGGAGAUGGAUCUCGAAGAAGAGUUCCCCCUGUCCCCAUGGCCAGUCACCCCUGAAGCUUUCGAAUCUGGUGCACCCCGAGAGAUAUCGACAUCGGUGAUCCAAACGAGCAAACAUUGGUUUGAGCGAGCAGCGAAGAGAAAGGAGAUUAUGGAUGAGCUUUGUUGGAAUGAUGGACAUGGAAUGUAUUUCGAUUACGAUACCAAAGCGAAGAAACAAGCUCGUUACGAAUCUGUCACUGCCCUUUGGCCAUUAUGGGCGGGUUCCGCGUCAGAGAACCAAGCUUUGAAACUUGUCAGAUACGCUUUACCGAAAUUCGAGGUUGCCGGUGGACUCGUUUCGGGUACAGAAGAAUCGAGAGGUAUCAUCUCGUUAGAUAGACCGAAUCGACAAUGGGAUUACCCAUAUGCUUGGCCACCACAUCAAAUUAUGGCUUGGGUCGGUUUGGAGAGAUACGGUUUCGUGGAUGAUGCUGCUAGAUUGGCCUACAGAUGGAUAUACAUGAUGACACUUUCAUUUGUCGAUUUCAACGGUAUCGUUCCUGAAAAAUUCGAUGCGGUUGAACUUAGUCAUAUGGUAGAUGCCGAAUAUGGUAAUCAAGGUACUGACUUCAGAUAUGUACCUCGAGAAGGUUUCGGUUGGAUGAACUCCGCAUACCAAAUUGGUCUUCAAUGCUUAUCAACCGGUAUGAGAAGGGCAGUAGCCAACUGUGUUCCUCCAUGGGUAUUUUUCAACCUGCCCGCACCAGAUUUCACGUCCGCCAAAAAGCGAAGAGCGGAAAGAGAAGCUCGAGAAGCCGAAGCUGCGGCAUCAGGACACGGUGGAGCGCCGAAAUUGGAAGUUCACCACGAUCCACCUUCUUUAGAGGAAGCUGUGGCCAAAUUGAAAUUGGAACUUGGUGCUGGGCCUGCAGCUGGAGCUGAGGGUCAACAAUAG